UCUUUUUUUGGUUUAUUUUAUAAAAAAAAAUGAUCAAUAAUAUUUUCUCUUCAUGAAUUUUUGAAUGAAGAUUCUUCAAGAAAUGCCCGCAACUAGACGAGGAUCAACAAAAACAAUUGGGUAGCGAAGCAGGGCUUGACCAUAAGCAGGUCAAGUUUUGGUUCCAAAACAGAAGGGCUCAAGCAAAGGAUGAAAAAGUAUCAAGUCUCAUCUCACAUGUUUUUGGAAGACCUUUUGUGAUGGAUUCAAAUUUGGCACCACAAAUAUCGACUCUUGGAUCACCUUCAAAUUCAUCUGAUGGAAGUUUGUUGAACGAAGACACACGUGGCUCUCCCAUUAUAUAUCCUCCUCUUCGUCAAGAAAACAAUCAAAAUAGUAAUAAUUUUCAUGCACAUUCAAUGAUCUCUCAAUCACCACAAGAACAUGAUGAAUGUAAUCAUGAUAGUAGGCAGCAAACAAUUAUGUUUGAGACUGUUGUUGCUUCUAUGAAUGAAAUGGUUGAACUUUGGAAGAUGAAUGAUCCUUUUUGGGUAGAUUCAUCAAGUGAUAGGCGGUGUUUUAUUCAUCAUGAGAUUUAUGGAAGAAACUUUUCAAAUCAAGUUCUACCUCCCCAAACAUCAACGGGUCGAAUUGAAUCAUCAAAGGAUUGUGGAAUUGUGUCAAUGACUGCAGUUGAGUUGAUCCAUAAUUUUCUUGAUCCAGUCAAAUGGAUGAACUUGUUUCCUACUAUAGUCACAAAAGCUAAGACUAUUGAAGUUCUUGAUUCUGGUACUUGGGGAGGCUCUAUGCAAUUGAUGUAUGAAAAGUUGCAUAUUUUAUCUCCUCUAGUUGAAGCUAGAGAGUUUUUGUUCAUACGUGGUUGUAGACAACCUGAUGUAACAACAUGGAUCAUGGUGGAUAUUUCAUAUGAUAUAUUCAACGACAUUCAGAGUGGUGUACCUUCUUAUUCUUGGAAGUUUCCAUCUGGUUGUGCAAUUCAAGAUAUGGGCAAUGGCCAAAGUAAGGUUACUUGA